UCAGUGUCGACAGCUCGAAGCGUAAACAUAUUGAAAAUGAAGAGUUUAUUAAUUCUACUCGCGCUCUGCGCUGGCUACACACUUUGUAACGGCGAAGGGCUGCUGUCGCGCCUACUGCAUCGAGAUGCAUCCAAGACAACGACGACGACAACGGAGAGGUCCGUCAAGCAGCUGUACAUCAACAACAACUUGCCGCAGCUGGAGAGCGAGUGCAUCGGGCACUACGCGUGCAGCAAGAAGCUGACGAACGUGCCCGCGCCCCGGCCCUGCGUCAAGUACUGCCUGAAGCGCAUCGAGUGCCCCAACCAGAAGGUGAUUCGCGGCAAGCCCAACCAGUGCGUCGAGCUGGACGAGAGCCAGGUCUUGGCGGACUACGAGGCCACCACCGUGCGGCCCUCCUCAGCUGCCACCACCGAGAAGAUCAUGGAGGUGGCCAUGAUCGACUUCCCCUGCCAGCCGGGCUACCUGCCCGACAGUCGCGGACGGUGCCGCGAGAUAUGGUAAA